UUAUCUUUUUUUCUUGGCUUUUGUUUGCAUUCUUCUGAGGGCCAACUUGAAACACCAGCCAAGGUUUCUAGGAUAUUCAGACUGAAGAAUGAUUUCCUAAGUGGCAGCCCUUCCCUCCUCUGAACGUCAUCCUUGGCAACUUUCCCUGUCCCCUCCUCCAGGUCAAACAUUGCUCCACAGCUGAGAACUGCUGCCGCUUUUCGGGAGAGACAGAUAGCUCUUCAGACUAGGAGAGAAAAGACACUCUCCGAAGUAUCGAUGGAGGCCACAUUUGUUGGUAAUGAAAGACCCUUCCAUGUCGUUACUCCUGUUUUGGAGAGCAUAGCUUUGUCCCAGGUGGCUGGUAGUAAGGUCUACAUGAAAAUGGAAAAUGUGCAGCCCACGGGCUCCUUCAAGAUCCGAGGCAUUGGCUAUUUCUUUCAGGAGAUUGCCAAGCAGGGCUGCCAGCACUUUGUUUGCUCAUCAGGUGGUAACGCUGGCCUUGCUGCAGCUUAUGCUGCCCGAAAACUUGGUGUCCCGGCCACCAUCGUCGUGCCAGAAUCUUCUCCUCCAUCCACAGUGAAAAUGCUGAAUAAAUUGGGAGCAGAGGUGGAGAUAUUUGGGAAGGUAUGGGAUGACGCCAAUGAAAGAUCCUUGGCUCUGGCCAAGAAAGAUGGCUGGGUCAGCGUCCACCCCUUCGACCACCCAUCAGUGUGGAAAGGUCACAGCAGCCUGGUCAAAGAGCUGAAGGACUCCCUGGAUUCCAAGCCUGGAGUUAUCAUCCUGUCGGUGGGAGGAGGGGGGCUGCUGGCCGGCGUGGUGGCAGGUCUGCAGGAGGUGGGAUGGCUGGACGUUCCCAUCGUGGCCGUGGAGACCAGAGGGGCGGACAGUUUCAACGCAGCCAUCCAGGCUGGGCGACUCGUCACUCUGCCCGAUAUAACCAGUGUGGCAAAGUGCCUAGGAGCCAAGACGGUGGCACAACGGGCACUGGAUUGUGCCAGCGAACAUCCAAUCAUCUCAUAUGUACUGGAAGAUGCAGAAGCUGUGAAAGCCGUGGAGCAGUUCCUGGAUGAUGAGCGGAUGCUCGUGGAGCCUGCCUGUGGAGCCUCUCUGGCCCUGCUGUACUCCGGCCACAUCCAGCGACUGCAAGACGAGGGUCGCUUGAGUCAGAACCUUGGCUCUAUUGUUGUCAUCGUGUGUGGGGGAAGCAGCAUCCGGAUGGAUAUGGUCCAGGACAUGAAGAAACUGUUGGGGAUCGAGUGAAGGCCAGAAGCUCUGGAAUGGUCAGCAGAUGCCCUCGGAAUGAAAAGCUGCCCAGCAAGAAAACUUAUGUCUCCUUGGAAAUCCUAUAGUUUCCACCCCCAGUGGUUUGAUUGUCAUUUGGGACUGGGAAGGAAUCCACAAUCUGCCUCCCACAAUUCAGAUUUAUGCAGCGGCAGAGCCUCAUGGGGACAUGUGGGGUCAUAUGUCCUCAGGCGCAUGCCAGCUGGUCACGUGGUGGGCGGAGAAUCGCCCCCAGGCCCCUCCCCUCGGCCCCACCCCGCCAGGCUGCUCCUUUGGCCGGCAGGGGCCAACUGAAGAAGCAGCCUGGCAUGGUGGGACCGAGGGGUACCCGGUGGCAGCUUAGCCAGGUAAGUGGGGCGCAGGGGGUGGGGGCGCCCAGAGCAGGUUUUGCCCUGGGUGCCAUUCCCCACCCCUACGCCCCUGGAUUUAUGAAUAAUCCCCUUAAUGUGUAAACAAGCCAUCAAGAUCCAGUACGAUAUCAAUCCUAAUCUUUAGCCCACUCCCAUCUACCAAGUAUGCCAGUUGCAACCGAAAUACCUUGUAGCUGAGUCUCUGCCCCACCCCUUUCUUGCAGGUAACUUUAAAGCUUGUGUUGGCCCAGAGGCACGAGCCAAAAGACAACUGCCAAAGGGCUUUUGGUGCCGAGCCUUGUAGUUUGGAGCUGGGGGGGGGAGGUCUUCUGAGAAAGAGAAAGCAGCCCUGCGCUUGGAGGCCUGUGUCACCUUCUCCAUGCAAAGAUGACUGUCAGAAUCGAGUGGAAAUUAGGAGAAGGGGCCGCCUAGUGAAUGACUUUGUUUUGCCCCUCAAAAGUGUAACCCCCCAAGACUUGUAGACUCUCAGGAGGGCUUUGUGGCCACUGUUAAAAAUGAUUGUUGUAAUGGUUACAGAGUCACACUGGAGAGAUCCAGGCACAGAUGGACAAUCUGGCCUAACGUCUACUGAUUGACUCAAGGCCUCGCACUUUCAUCCUAACCCACCUCACAGGGUUGUUGUGAGGAUGAAACGAAGGAGAGGAGAACUUUGUGUGCUGUCUUAAACUUCUUGAAAGAACAGUGGGAGGAGGAGGAGGAAGAGGAGAAGGAGUUUGGAUUUAUACCCCACCUUUCUCUCCUAUAAGGAGUCGCAAAGCAGCUUAUAAAUGCCUUCCCUUCCUCUCCUCACAACUGACACC